AUCAAUGAGCUCGCAGCGUCCUCAGUCAACUCUAGUAGGCCAUAGGUGAGGUCUCACCUACAGGGUACUUGAUAUUAACGUCACUGUAGGGAUUAUUGAACAGUGAUGUUGAGACUAUGUUUUGUUCUCUAGAGCAAUACAUUCUGAAGUGAGAUUUGGCCGCCCAACAAGUAUUUAUAAAGUUGAUGUACACCAGUUCCAACUUCAUCUGUUUUUUUUUUUUGUAGUUUGUGACUAGCUAGAAUGACUCCAAGUUUCAAGUCACGUAUCAGACUGGUUCAAUUGUUCGUUUUGGCUUCACUACUUUAUCAAGCUUGUGAGGUUGGAAGUAGUGAUUGUGUCCAUGGCAUUGGGUUGCCUGAUGGUACCUGUGACUGUUACUCUUGUUGGAAGGGCAAGUCUUGUGACCAGUAUGCUUCCCAGCCACCAAGAUUUGCUUAUGACGUUGGCUCUGUUACAUUGACACAGUCACAUCUGGAAGGAAAACCUGUCUAUAAAGCUGAAGCCAAUGACCCUGACGAAGAAUUUUGUCGGGAUCCAUCAGGAUGCUCUUGUUCCAACGUCACUUACUUUUUGGUAAGCCAAGAUGAAGCAUCUACCUUCAUCAUAGACAAGUAUACUGGAGAAAUUCGGGUCUCUGGAGAAAGCUACUCAUUGUUUCCAACGUAUGAACUUAAAAUUGGUGCAAGCGACGAUGGCGUGACCUAUGACACCAUGACACUAACUGUUACCACUGGCACUUCCUGGGAUAACACAGCUGUCAACAACUACAAGAUGGACAUAAAGAACGGCUAUGCUAGUGACGAGUCUGAGAGAUAUUUGAACAUGGUGCCAGAAGUAGGCGAAGAACCUCAUCACAGACAGAAGAGGGCCAUAACUUUACCGACCAAUUUGACCUUUAACCUUGAAAAGUAUGGUACUAAUCAAAACCUGGCAGUGAUCAAAGUUGGUCACCGUAUACAGUUUAAACUGGACAUUCUGUUUCCUGCUGGUAGUACGGACAUUCAGGUAGAAAUCUUUACACCAGACUCAGACACAAUUGUCAUGAUGUUGUGUAAUGUUGUAGUUACAGUUGGUAAAAACCUGGACUAUAAUGGAUCAGCUGUUCCUGUGUUAGAGUCUCUCAACAACUCAACUUUUAAUGACCGAGCGAUCAUAGCAUUAGGUACAGUUCGAAACAAUGCCAGUGACCUGUCUGUUAAUUCUUCCAGUAUUAUAACUGUGACCUACGAGGCCGUGAUGGUGGAAAAUGCAAACACAGUGAACAAGGACUACUGGGUGAGUGUUGGUGCUGAGUUUAACAAUGAAAACGAUGUUUGGGUCGGACAAGCCAGCUUUACAGCCAACAUCACGAACGACACAACGUCUUCGUUCUCGCCUCCACAAGCCAACUUCACUGGACCUGCCAGCAUGUCCAUUGGUUCCUCUAGUAUAUUUUAUGUAGAUCUGGCCGUCAUGUACCCGGUGAUAGAUCUCAAGAUUGACGUCAUAGCAGCCAUCAACUACACUGACGUCAUGAGCAUUUGUGAUGCCAAGCUUGUUAGUGUCAGUGACGCCUAUACUUGUUCGUUUCCCGACAUGAAAAACAUCACUCCAACAUUCUCAGCAGAGGGCAAUACACGGGGCAACAGAAGAAUGACCAUGUAUCUAGGACGUCCUAUCAACAAAUUGGCCAGAGAGUACGCGAUAAGCCAAAUCCAGGCUAACAAAGGAAUUAUUUCAUUUGUUGUCCAAAUCACAUUACUGGAUGACCCGACGCUCGUGGGCAAGGACUACUGGAUUGGAGCUACCGUUGAGUUUGGGACAACAGUAAUCUGGGCUGGACAGCUUAAGAUCACAGCUACAGCUAAAAGUCCAUCACAGGCAGUAUCUCCUGGGUUUAGUGUCAGCAUGAAAUCUGGAACAGCAGUUACUGCCACGAGACCAGGCAUCAUCCAACUUGAUAUGACAGUCCCAGAAAGCACUAGUGCGGACUAUUUACUAGAAGUUGUAGGCCCAUUCCAGAACGGAGACACUGUAUUUCAGAUGUGUGGAGUCAAAGUAACAUCUGGAGAAAAUAUAGCCUGUGGUACUUCUAACACAAUUGAUCCAGAAUAUCGCAUCUCAUCCAACUUUUCAAGUUAUGCGGAUAUCAUGAGAGUAGACUUAGGUCGAAUCACCAAUGUUGGCAACACUGGUUGGAAUGCUACUAAUCAAACAACCAAAAAUCUUGUUCGUAUCCUAGUGUACCUCAAAGUAGCUAAUGCUUCUCUCGUCACAGUUGGGACCAAUUACAGUGUCUCUUUUGGCAUGUUCCUUGGAAACACCAAUUUAACAAUUGGCCAGAUUUCAGUUCCUGUCUCUGCCUCCAUCAGUGCAGAUAACAUUACUGCACUAAAUACUCCAGCUAGAAACUUGACUUUUGGUGGACGUGGAAGUGACACAAUUCCUGUUGGUCGAACUGGAAAAGUUCUUCUAAAUAUACAGACUGCUAGGAAUACCAUUUACUCUCCAUUUAACAUUGAGUUUAUUAUGCCGAAUGCCACUAAUAGAACAUUGGCCAAAAUUUGCAAGAUUCAGUUACAAUCUGUUGGCCAGAACAAUCCAUGUGUCAUUAAAGAAAGUAUAGAGAAAUCAGUUCUUCUACUGUCUAGUUUUAAUGAUACUAACUAUGACCGGGCUGUUAUCAACAUGGACUCACUUUGCAACUAUGAGACAGUCAAUGAUGUUGCUGAGGAUGCUAUUGUUCUUGCCAUCAACUUUAUUUUGUUAAAUGACUCACAGCUUUACUCAACUCCUCAAACAGCAAUCAGUGGUGGUAUCAUGUUCUCUCAAUCUAACCUCUGGGUGGUUCAGUUGGCAGUCACUGCAAAUUUUAGCUCCAGUGCUUAUACUUUGUCAGCAACACCUUACAUCACCACUGUUGCCAACACUUACAACUUGAACUCCAUUCCACUUGGAUUUCCAGCUAAAUUUUAUAUAAGAGUAAAACUAGCACCAAACAGCACUAGUCCACUUGCACUGAAUAUUUCAACUUCAGAUGAUGCUUUAAGUAUCUGUGAUAUUCGCCUGGUACGAGUGGGUGAUGGUUACCCCUGCAUUGACAGCUCAGCAAAAGUCAAACGUAUCUUUGGAACUGACCAGAUUUUAGGUGUCAACAAACAGGCUUCUAUUGAUAUUGGCAUUGCAGAUAAUGUUGGUGUGGAUACAUUAGUGCAAUCAUCCAGUUUUGAUUCUAACACAAUAGAACUUGAGCUGGUGACCAAACUAACUCCAGAUGCAACCAAGGCACCUAAUAAUUCUAACCACACUGUCAAUGUGCUUUUGAAAUAUGGCCCAAAUUAUGGUUCUUCCUUGAAUACAACAGCAACAGUGACAGCAACAACAAACACAACAUUUGCCAGUGCUUACACUCUAUCAAGUACCUCCCUAACUGGAAAUAUCUCAGUGUUAUCAAUCACAGGAAGUGAAGAUCCAGUAGCUGAUGAAAAUUUCACUUAUAUUGUCCAAUCAGAAACUAAACGUGUAGUUUUGUCCCUAGACACAGUAGUCAACUCUACAAGUCAGCUGUCAGUGACUGUCAGCACACCACUUAAUCUGCCUAAUGUGAUGGAAAUAUUGUACAUUGGUCUGUUAGACAAGGGAGACAAUGUUCUUUGUGUAACACAAGCACACACAACUACUACGUAUCAGCCAAGAAAUGUUGGAGGACUGUACACGGAUAUUGGGGAAAUCAAACUUGGUUAUGUCUGUAACACUGGAACUAAUACAGUCGACUCAUCAGCCAACAGAAUUCGAAUUGAGAGCCUUGUACGUCUCCUGGACUCUGCAACAGUUGCAGUUGGAAGUAAUGUAUCAGUAACUUUCACAGUCAACUCCAACAAUCAAAGUAUUCUUGUUCAAACAUUGUCUUUAACUGUAGGUGAUGCUUCAAACUAUGCAACUGUUUAUCUUAGUAAUGCAACAAUAAAAAAUGGAACCUACUUAAACACUACAGAAAACACAAUUACUGUCCCAAUAGCAGGAUUCAGAACGCUGCCAUUGGUUUUUACUGUAAUUCCAUUCACAUCUUCUAAAGUUACAUUUGAUGCAGUUAUGCCUUACAACACCUCUGCCAUCAUGACCAUCAUGGAUGUCAAAUUUGUUAGCAGUGGCAAAAACCUUCCCAACAUGGCUCUGGCUCAAAACAGUUUUCAAGUUACCAAAUCUUCCGCUUAUAAUUCAUCUCAGAUAACUAAGUAUGAAGCUGAACUUGGUGUGAUAAGUAAUGGAGGUCAGUCAUAUCGAUAUGGAUUUAAUCAAAGUUCUGAUGAUGACACAUUUACUGUUGAGGUGACUCUACAAAUGGCUGACCACCCAACAGCUACCAAUACUAAACCUUACAUAGCCAGUUUUGGUAUCCAUGUUGCUAAUGUUGUCCUCAUUUUAGAUGUGACUAUUCUAGUGCAACGUAAUGGUACUGAGAACUUAAUUUUCAAUGUAUCCUCCUUGCUCAACACAACCACUUCUACCAGUACCAAUGUAGAGAUUGAGACAACUAUAGCCCUGUCCAACUCAUCCAGAGCUGAGGCACAAAAUGCAGUGCUGAAUAUCUUCCUACCACCUUAUGUUUCAUUUGUGGAUGCUUUUGUGCAGACUGAGAAAAAAAAUAUUUUAGCCAUUUCAAAGAACAAUGGCACACUUGCCCUGCAGUUUGGUACAAUUUUUUUUACUGAUGCUUUCUGUGUAAAAAUUAUACUGGAACCUAACAAUACAUACCGGGUACCUUUGGGGAUAUCUGGAUUGAAUACUGUCAUGAGCUAUCAGCUGGUUGGUGAUACUAACACAAUAAAAGAUGUUUCAGGAAGUUUGGAUUAUGUGAACUUUACCAUAGACACAACACCAGAUGCUGGCAUUGCAUGUAACACAGGGCCUCUAGGUUUACAGUCUGGUCAGAUCAAGACCUGCCAACUCACUUCUUCUGAUGACUCAAUAGUAGGACAUGAAGUUAACCAAGGAAGAUAUGGAAAUGCAGGUUGGUCGCCAUUUGUUCAUGCUGGUCAAGUCAGUCAGGAGAGAUACUUUCAAGUAUAUUUUGGGAACAAAACUGUAGUAACUAAAAUACUACUACAGCAAAAUAUUACAGGAGCUAAACUAAAGACUUUAAAGUUGAAGUACAGUGAUGAUGGACUGGCAUGGAUUUAUUAUAAUAACAAUGAUAUUAACCCCAAUCUGUUUAACUCAACACAAGAGUUGCUUGUGCCAUCUCCUCAAGUCCACAGAUACAUUCGACUGAUAAUAUAUGAUUUGGUCAACAAUACAGAAAUGGGCUUUUUUUCAUUUGAAUUGAUAGGCUGCAGCAUAUCCACUGACAAGCCUGCUGAUGUCUGCAGUGAAGUGAUAGUUCCAGCAAUCAAAUUACCAGACUUUUCUAGAAGAUCUUUCCUGUGGACCUCUGCUGUUCUUUAUGUAUGUGAUAGUGUUCAAGGAAAGAAAGGUGUGGAACAAAAAUGUUUUUCAAGCAUAGACGAUGUGACAUGGAUGGAACUUGAUCCCAGAGUUGGCAGUAUUUUAGGUUAUGAUUCUGCUGAGACCAGAGUCUUUGCUGUAUCUUCCAAUGGCCUACACUACAUGAGUACAUUGAAUGGAAUUGAUUGGUUUACUAGUGUUCCAAGUGAUGUUAAUAAAGCUAAAGUUUUACCUACUUUUAAAUCAGCCACAAAAGUAUCUGUGGAUGGUAACUCUGCUCUAAAUGUUGACAUUCCUGAUACACAGUUUAUAGACUCCCCUUAUGGAGCCACAAAUGAUGGCAUAAAGAAACAGUCUGGCACUUGGAAACUGAUAUUCUCCUGGAACACUGCCUACUGCUGUCCAUAGUGUAUCUGACUUAUGUCUUAUCCCCACAACAUUCAUAUGCUAGUAGAGGAUUUCUCUGUUAAGUUUUUUAAACACUAGCUAUAAAUUACAAUCUUUGCCAAAAAAUAUUAUUUUUAAAUAAAAUAUUUCAGGAACAAAAAUAUAUGAAAAUAAAUAAUUUAAAAAAAUGGCUUAAGUUGUGUUAAUUAAAGAAUACAUUUGUCAUUAGUAAUUGUAUAUUUUUAAUGUUGAAUCACAUUAUGCAUAUCAUAUUCAUAUUUAUAUUUACUGCUGAAAAAAUAUGAUAAUCUUUUAUGAUGUAUAAAAAUAUUCAUGAUAAUUUACUUGUCCCUAAAUGAUAUAUCUUAUUUUUUUUUAAGUAUUUGUGUAAUUUGUGCUAAUUUAUGUAGUCUGCAGUGGUAUCUUUGUGUUCAACACAAACAAAGACCUGAGAAGAAAGGGUCAGCUUGUAAACAAAAUUUUGAUAGCAUGAUUUAAGAAUAAAUAAAGUUUAAAGAAUUUUUUUUUUCAUUAAAGGAUUUAUGACAACAGAAAAUACCUCUUGAAAAUUGUAGAAGAAAGUUCAUCUAGGAACGUGUAUCUUAGGAAAUAAUAACAUUAAUUAGAAAUUAAAGAUAACAUAUAUAAAACAAAUAACACAUUCCUUUGAAGAUGAUGUUACCACUAUAUUAAUAUUAGUAUUAAAACUUUUGUACUUUGAAAAGACUAAAAUACAGUUUUAUUUGGCUGA